GUUGAAGUUUUCUGGAUAUCGGAAACGAUUAGUGGAGUGCAGACCAGUGGAAUACCAUUAGAUGGAUCAAGCACUGUAAAGUAAUGGUGCCUCACAGCUGACAUGGAAUUAAUUACGCUGGACUUUUUUGAGCAGGAUAUAAAUCAGGGCUGUUUUUGACUAUGGCGACUAUGGGGGAGGAGUCAAGUCCCAGUGUCAUCGCCCCUACUGAUACCACAGGCUCCACCUCCAGUCCACAGAGUGAUGCCGUAACCAAUGAGCUGCAAGAACUGUCUCUUCAGCCCGCCCCCAACUUGCUUCCUAUUCAUGAGAGGAAGAAUGUGCUCCAACUCAAACUUCAGCAGAGACGGACUCGAGAAGAACUGGUUAACCAGGGGAUCAUGCCACCACUGAAAAGUUCUGCAUCCUUUCAUGAGCAGAGACGAAGUUUAGAACGAGCUCGGACCGAAGACUACCUGAAGAGAAAGAUCCGCAGUCGUCCAGAGAAGUCAGAACUGGUCAGGAUGCACAUUCUUGAAGAGACGUCAGCAGAGCCGUCUCUACAGGCCAAGCAGCUUCUGCUGAAACGAGCUCGUCUAGCCGACGAUCUGAACGAUAAAAUCUCCCAGCGGCCCGGACUGAUGGAGCUUAUUCACAAAAACAUCCUUCCAGUGCACAGCAGCCUCAAACAAGCCAUCAUAGAGACAGAGUUUCCAAAAGUAGAAGCGGAGAGCUCUUCGUUUGACGAGGAAAGCAGCGACGCAUUCUCACCGGAGCAGACACUUCAUCAGGACUCUCCCCUCGGUCAAGGACACUUACCUUCUCCACCUGAGAGACCGGCCAAUGAAACAACACCAAAACAGGCCCCGCCCCCUCCUCCUCCUCCUCCUCCACCGCUGCCAAACACAGCUGGCCCCGCCCCUCAGCAGAAACUAACCAAUGGAACAACAGGCCACAAGCAAGCUCCUGCACUACAAAAGGGUGGUAAAGUGGGUAGUGAGCGCCAUAUUCAGCGCUCUAAGAAGGUGAGAGACAACAAACCAAAAGUGAAGAAGCUGAAGUAUCACCAGUAUGUUCCUCCAGACCAUAAACCCGAGCGUGAGCCUCCACCUCUGCUCGACUCCACCUACGCCAAACUCCUCUAUCAACAGCAGCUCUUCCUCCAGCUGCAGAUCAUCAACCAACAGCAACAAAACUACAACUACCACACCAUCCUGCCUGCUCCACCCAAGCCCCCAGCUGAUCAGCAGCCUGCCUCAGCUAAUGGCCCGUCACCAUCCAAAAAUGACACGCCCUCUCAAUCAACAUCCACUAAUCUGACUGGUCAGAAUCAGCAGACCACUACAAUCGGAGGUGGAAUUAAAAUGGGACCCCUGCCUCCCAACCUGGAUGAGCUGAAGGUGGCAGAGCUGAAGCAGGAGUUAAAAGUGCGGGGCUUAACCGUCUCAGGCACCAAAAAUGACCUUAUUGAGCGGCUGAAGAAUUUUCACGAGCAGAACGGUGGCAUCAACGCACCAACAUCUUCUAAAAUCAACACACCACCAGCCCCUGUAAUGGGAGGAGUCUCUUCCUCCACCCAAUCAGCAGACAGGAGCAUGGGGAUUGCUACCUUACCAUUUGUUGCUACUGCAGAAAGGGGCGGAGCUCAGAUGACAGCCCCUCAGAUAAUGCAGUUUGGCAGCACUAGCUCCUCCCCUCCGGUUUCCCCCGCCCACUCAGAGCGCUCGUCGACUGGAAUGAGCCCAGAUGAAACCAGCUGUAAUGGGGAUGCUUUUGGGGAAAUGGUGACCUCUCCUCUUACCCAGCUCUCCUUGCAACCUUCUCCUCCUCUCCCUUCCACGAUCUGCAUUAAAGAGGAGCCCGGCAGCCGGACGUCUCCGUCCUCCUGUUGUCUGGUGUCCCAGUCUGCGGCGCCCCCUAUAGACAAGGACCAGAUGCUGCAGGAGAAGGACCGGCGCAUUCAGGAGCUCACACGCAUGCUGCUGCAGAAACAGCAGCUGGUCGAAUCUCUGCGCUCGCAGCUGAAUGGCAAACGUGUGGGCGCGCCGGUCCAAAUGAAAGAGGUACUUCCUGGUGUCACUAUGGAGGUGAUCAGAGCGACCAUUAAGGAAGAGGUCAUAGAGGUGAUUGAAGAGAGCGAGAUGGUGACAGAGCCACAGGUGUUCCGGCAUGCAGGGCAGACGCAGCAGCAGCAGCAAAGGACAGCGGCUGCAAUAGACCUGGAGCAGGACCAGCAGCUCAUAAUGCAACAGAAUCAGCGCAACCUACAGCAACAAAUACAUCAGAGGAAGAGGAAGACACAAAAACAACAGCACAACCAACAAAAACAACAGUUGCCUCAAGCACUUACCAACCAGCAGUCAAGUCCUGUUUCUUCGUUCCCAGUGGAUGUACUGAACUCGAACUCCACCCCCACCAUAGUGACCGACAGCAACGGCAACCAGUUCCUGCUAACACUGUCGAAUCAAAACACAGAGGCACCAGCCAGAGGCCGCCGCGCCCUGGGCAAAAGACUGCAGUCUACACCCACCGUGUUUCCCAACCAAUCAGUGACUGAAUUCCUUAACAGAAACAACCAAUCAGAACAACCCAUACAAACCGUCAUUUUGAAACAGCCAAUCAAAAAGGCACUAAAGCCAGACCUAAAUGUGACAACCAAUUACAAAGCAUCAAGCUGCACAUCCAUCUCAUCACCAGCCAAUAUCCAACCGUUCUUCUCUCCAGUGGAUUCCAUGAACGACACCGAACCCAUCCCCUCAUCUCCCAACAACAACAACAACGACAACGAGGAGAUGUGUGUGAGUUUGGACCAGCAUGCUUUGCUCUCUCCUUCCACCUUGUGUUCACCCAUAGCUCUUUGUCAUCAGGAGAAUGGCUGCCAUCAGCAGGUUGACGACCUGUUUGACAUCCUAAUUCAGCGUGGAGAAAUCUCUGAGAAUUUCAAAGCUGCACCUGAUCCUGUUCUCGAAAGGCUUCGGCCGAACACGCCCCUUUCCUCAAGCUCCUCCCCUCUCAGUCUUUCCCGUCCUCCUGAUAUGCCCCUCAAAACUUUAAUUUUAGAGCCUCAGCCUCCUUCAAUUAAGAUCCACAGCAACUGUAACACAGGAGGUGGGCGUCUUGAAGAUUUCCUGGAAAGCACUACUGGCAAGCCUUUGCUGGGAGUGGAGCCAGGAGGACCGACGACGCUAAUUGUUGACCUCCACAACCAAAUGCUCAGCACACCGAGUAUCCUAGAUCACCCACGUUCCCCAAUGGAUACAUGUGACAUGAGUUUUUCAAGUCACUCGCCUUCAGAUUUGAUAGACUCCGCCCCCGAUCCCAUGGAUUGGCUGGAGCUUGGAAUGGGCGGGACUGGAGGGGAUGGGCCUGGGAUGGUUCAUAUGAAUGGACACAACUCCUCUAGCUUAUUUUCCACAGACUUUCUGGACACUUCUGAUAUGAAUUGGUCCAGCUUAUAGCUCAUGGGAUAUCGCAGACUGCAAUAUUUUUGGAAGGGCCUAUUGUGGAUUAGCUUCCUUCACAUAGUACAGUUUAUAUUUGUUUCCAUCGGUGACUUUUCCCGUUUGGAUUCAAGUAUGGAUUUUCAAAAUACUAACUUAAAUUGGAUUAUGUUACAUAUUGACAGACUUUAUCCUUCACCUUUGCUUGCUCACACCCCUGAUAACACACAUGUCACAGAGCAGUCUACAUAUAGUUUUUAUCUGGGUGUCAUUUGCUCAUCUGAAACACAUUGCUUAAACCAUUUAAAUUUGAAAAUUAGAACAAGAUAUUUUUGUGUUUUUAUCAUUUAUAAUAUGUGAAUUGCUCAUAUCAAUGACACUUAAAAAGAGAUGCUUUCUAGAUGAUGGAGUUUUUCAAACGUCUCGGAAAUAUCCAUACGUACAAGCAAUAUAACCUGAUUUUGCAUCAGUUUUAGCAAAUUAAUUCACUAAGUGCAGCUUUUGAGUUUAAUUCACCUUUAAAUUUGAUUAUGCGGCAUCAAAGGAAUCAUUUGAUUUUACCUGCUUUACCAAAUAUAGCUGGUAGACUUAUGCAUAACUUAAUAGCUUUGAAAUAUACACCUGGAUUUUACUAUUUAUAGCACUGAACCAAUGUUGCUAAAAUUUUGUAGCAUAAGCCAACAGAUUUUGUAACAUUUUCUGAGCAUUGACAUUCAUAUGUUACCAUAAGCGUAUCAAUAUUAAUAAAGAUAAUAACAACAACAACAACCAUAAUAAUAGUACUAAUAAUUUGUUAUUAUUAUUAUUGAUCAUUAGUACUUAACACUGUUUAAAUUCAAUUAGAUCUUUGUUAAACAAGAAACUCUCAACAGGUACAUGUAUCCACAGCUACUAAUGUUCAACAUUUUGUAGAUGUGCCAAAAAUAUUAUAUUAUGGCUAUAUAGCCUGUAAGCUAUUCAAUGUUUAAUUAAUACAACAACUGGACUAUGCUACUUUAGCUAUUUUGUUUUUUUUUCAUUAUGGAAAGAAAAGCCAUUCAAACCUUGUUUUUGUUAGCAUUUGCUAGCGUUGCAACCUGAUGAGAGCUGCCAGAUGAAGUUUUAAUUGCGUAGUUAAUUGCUAUGUUAAUAGUGCAAGAUUAAACAAUUCCCAGAGUGCUUGACAGUUAAGAGUAUGACUCUGAACUAAUAGCCUUGUGUUACUCCUCAUCCUUGCAGGGUUUACAUUACCAAUCUUAACCAAAGUACAGUAUGAGACUCAUUUUUAUCACAUUUUAGCAAGCUUAAAAGAGGUAUUACUGCUUCAUAUUUGUUAGUUCCAGUAAAUAUUUUGAUCUAACUGUGCAUGCUAUAUACUGUAUAAGACAUGGCAAGUUCUGGGAAAUUACUUUAUUACAUUUAUGUUUUAAUUUAAUGUUCUUAAAAAUCAAACAUGCCUGUACCGUUCAAAAAUAUUUUGUCCAUUGAGCUGAAUGGGGAUUGUUAAACAUUUUACUGUAUAUAUUCUGCAUUGUAUAUGAACUCAAAUGUUGUAUAUGCCUAUCACAGUACACAGCGUACUGUAUGUUCUGCACUGUAUUUUAUCAAUACUUCUGUCUGUAGGCUGAAGUUUCGAUAAAGGAAUAUGAGCCUAUAAGAGAUCAUGAAUAUUUCUAAGAUGAUCUGAAUGUAUAGAUUUUAGUGUAUAAAAGAUUAUAAGAUAUACACAAGACAUAAUCACAAUUAAUCAAUAAGGAACAUUCAAAUUUCAAGGACCCUCAAACACAUUUGUAUAUUAUUACUGUUACUUUCCUUAUGCGUUGCUUUAAUGUGCUUUUUAUUUCCCAGUGCUUCUGCAUAUUGUACAUGAGCUCAGGAAUGAAUUGUGUUGUUUGUUUGUUUGUGUGUGUGUGUGUGUGUGUGUGUGUUUUGGUAUAUAUGUGACGUCAUUUGGGGGAACAG